ACUUAGGACCUAACCGAACCCAGUGCUAAAAAAGGCAGCGACAAGCGACCAAUGCCUGGCACCGGACAGCGAACGUUCCCGCAGCGGAGGAGGGCAGCCCGACCUGGGCAGCUGCGGCGCCCCGGGAGCUCGCGCGUUCAACUAGCCUGUCGCGAGAGAACGCGCCCCUGCAGAUCUGGGCCACGCCCCAUGGGAAUAGGCCCCGCCCCUCAUCUUGCGCAUGCGCUUCCGUGACCUGGGGCCUCCAAACCUGCAGGGGGCGAUAAAAGUUCAUGUCGCUUACUCUUCCAAGCCGCGCUCAGCUGGCGGCUGUUUCCGGGUCAGAAGUCAGACUGAUCGGCGCCGCGUGAGCCAUGGUGCAGCUCCGGCCGCGCGCGUCCCGCACCCCCGCGUCGGCGGAGGCGAUGGUGGAUGAGGGCCAGCCGGCCUCGGAGGAGGCGGAGCACGGCCUGCUGCUCGGGCAGCCCAGCAGCGGUGCGGCCGCCGAGCCCUUGGAGGAUGAGGACGGGGAAGACGAGCUUGACGACGAGGCCCCAGAGGAGCUGACCUUCGCCAGCGCCCAGGCCGAAGCGAGAGAAGAGGAGCGGCGGGUGCGCGAGACCGUGCGCAGGGAUAAAACGCUGCUGAAGGAGAAGAGGAAGCGGCGCGAGGAGCUGUUCAUCGAGCAGAAGAAAAGAAAACUACUUCCAGAUUCUCUUCUAGAACAGUUAACUGCAGCGCCGCACACCGACAUAAAGAAAUCACCAGGAAAGUUGAAAGAAGUUAAUUUGCAAAAGAAAAACGAAGAGUGUGAAAAAGGAAGUGACUCCAAGAAAGUUAAAGUACAAAAAGUACAGUCUGCCAGCCAGAAAAGCUAUUUAGCCCUAAGGCUAAAAGACCAAGAUCUGAGAGAUUCAAGGCAACAAGCCGCCAAAGCCUUUAUACAUAAUUGUCUGUACGGCCCAGGAACCAACAGAACUACUGUAAAUAAGUUUCUGUCUCUUGACAACAAGAGGUUACCAGUGAAAAAGGCUGCAGCCCAGUUUUUGAAUCAUGCUUGGGGAAUCCAGAAAAAACAAAACGCCAAGAGGUUUAAACGACGGUGGAUGUUCAGAAAGAUGAAAACUAAUAAAUCAAAGUAAAAGCCAAAUAAAGAAUCUGUACUUUGUAUGUAGAGAA